ACCGAACCGGUCAUGGGGGCCAGUUAACGACCGUGCACCGCGCUCGCGAUUCUGGGAUUUUACCGCGAAUUUCGGGAUAAUCAUCGAGCCGCUAGUCGAGCAACGUGUCACUCUCGGCUCAUUGGAAAAAUGGGCGCCUACUUGUCGGAGCCGGUUACGGAGAAGGUCUCGAGCGACGGGUCGGGCGAGAACGUCGCCUUCGGCGCGAGCUCCAUGCAGGGCUGGAGAGUCAACCAAGAGGAUGCACACAAUUGUUGUAUCGAGUUUGACGAGAGUGUCUCCCUGUUUGCUGUAUACGACGGUCAUGGAGGACACGAAGUGGCUCAGUAUUCUGCUGACAAACUACCAGAGUUUAUAAAGAACACCGAGGCGUAUAAGACAGGAGACAUCAAACAGGCAUUAAUAGAUGCAUUUUUGGGAUUUGAUGCCACCUUGGCUAAACCAGAAGUUGUCAGUAUUCUAAAGGAGAUUGCUGGCACGACCAAUGCGGACGGUGACAAAGAGAAUUCCACAAAAUCUGAUGAAGAGGAAAACGUUAGUAAUUUAUGUAUGGAGGCAACGAUGCCAUUGGAGCAGGUCAUGGCGAAGUAUCAGUCAGAAGGGACAAAUCCUAGCAUUAAGGCACUUAAAGGAGAGAAGUGCGGAGGUAAACGUGUAUGUACAACGAGCCCGUACUUACGUGGAAGGAGAACCAGAGACAAGGCAAUAUCCUCCAGUGGUGCCAGCUGUUCCUCUUCCUCUUCAUCAACCUCUUGGAACACGAACGAAGCAGAUGUCAGCAGUUCGAGUCAGCCAUGCGGUUCCUCUCGAUCUGUUGCUGAGGAAUCUAAGCAACAGGAGUGCAUUGGAAGUAGCGAAGCUGAACAAGUGUUAGAUUCGACGACCAGUAAUGGUGACAUUGUACACGCUUCACAGCCAGUGGACUCUAUGGUGGACACAGUGCCGGCAAAGUCUGCAGACAUGCCCGAUAGUUCAGAGGAUGUGCGCGACAAAGUGUCACCUGGUGAAAUUACAACAGCAAGGCCCAGCAUGACAGCGGAGACAAAUGGUGAAGGUUCGAAGCAGAGUUUCCGAGAUGCCGACAGCAGCAAAAGUGGUGGUGAUAAUGUGUCGAGCAGCUCCUGCAUACCUUUAGAAAAUGGAGAAGCAGGACAGCACGAACGAAUCAGUAGCAGCAAGGGAAGGAAAUGGGAAGACCUGGAAACAUUUAGAAGUCGUACAUCAAAACGGAAGAAGGAUGACAGUUCCGAUGAUGAUGACGGGGAACCUGCGAGACCCCUUAAGCCAGAAGUGGAGGAAGACGAUGACAGCGAGGAGACCGAUGAAACUUUUGACGGUGUUGAAGAAAGCGAUGACGACGAUGAUGACGAUACAGAGGAUGUCGAAGAUGAGAAUGAUAGCAACGAUGAUGACGAAGAUGAAGAUGAUGAUGACGAUGAUGACAAUCAGAAUGACUUUAUAAUAGAUAUGAUGGAGGAACCAGGAUCUGACAGUGGAUGUACAGCAGUUGUUGCAGUGCUUAAAGGAAAGGAUCUUUAUGUUGCCAAUGCUGGGGAUUCGCGAUGUGUUCUCUGUCGAGAUGGUCAAGCUCUUGAGCUCAGUUUGGAUCACAAACCAGAAGAUCAACCAGAAAUACAACGUAUUGUAAAAGCUGGUGGUAAAGUCACAGCUGAUGGCAGAGUGAACGGUGGUCUCAACUUAUCAAGAGCUCUCGGAGACCACGCUUAUAAACAAAAUACCGAAUUACCUGCACCGGAACAGAUGAUCUCUGCUUUACCUGACAUCAGGCACAUUACUCUUGAGCCAGAGCGAGAUGAGUUUAUGAUUCUGGCGUGUGAUGGCAUUUGGAACUUUAUGUCGAGUCAAGAUGUCAUACAGUUUGUACGUGCACGGCUAUCACUAGGUCACUCGAAAAUCUCGAAGAUCUGUGAAGAGCUCUUCGAUCUCUGCCUUGCUCCGAAUACGCUAGGGGAUGGAACCGGCUGCGAUAACAUGACAGCAGUCAUAGUCCAGUUCAAAUCGAUCAAGCCAAGUAACCCAACUUGCAAUGAUGUAGAACCCUCCAAAGCUAAGAAGAGGGCGGUCUCACCCAAUGAUGCUACAAAAGGAAACAACUCUUUCUCGGAAGAGGCAAUCGUUGAGGAUAGCAAACGUCCUAAAAUUGAAGCAGUCUGAAGAACAAAGGAGUGACACACUGUACGAACUGAUUUCCACGAAUCACUAGGGAACUGGAAGAAAAGAAACAGUGAAUGUAAAUUUAUGCAAGAUGGUGUAAUUCUGUAAAAUUGAGCCCCACGCGCAGACGAGUCGGCUGUAGUGAUCUUACAAUCGACGCGCAGUUAACACACGAAGUAUGAUGUGUUAGCUUUGGCUAUUGAUGACAGACUGACCGAUUGGAGCACAUGGAGCGAUGACAUCAUUCACACCUGAUAAUACCAUUCUGUAGUUUAUAUCCCUUGUUCAUUAGUUUUAUAGUUCAAUGAAGAAUUUUAACUUUCUACUCAAAUGCACGAUUUGUUACACAACUACAAAGGGAUUUAGAUAUGUUGGUAAAGCUUUACUCUCUUUGGUAGUUAGCAAACUUCUGCCCGCUCCAUUGAACAUUCAGCUGCAAAGUGCACCAAAGUCUACAUCACAGCUGCAUGACAGCGAGUUUAAAGAGAUGCAGGUGGAAGUAUUCAUGCAAUAAGUAUUUCUUCGAGUUCAAUUCAAAACAUCUGUUAAAACAUAUUAAUAAAUAAGCUGUCGAAGCCUAAUUCACGCGAGUUCGAUAAAAAUUGCAGAGAGUUUAUAAAGAACUCUGUCAUCGUGGUGCCACACAGCGAACUCUUACUGUGUGUUAAAUCCAUGGCAGGUCUUACUGUCGACAGUGCAUCGGACAGCCUCUUCGAUACGCUGGGAAUGUUUAACGAUAACAAAAAAGAAGUAAAAAAAAUUCUCUUAGACAUUGUCCCAUCUGCUCCACUUACAUUUACAAGGUAUACUCCCUUAAAUCCUUAGGUUACAGGUGUAAUAGGUACGUCAUUGUAUAUAUUUAUAGAACUAGGACCUAAGACAGUAGGUCUUACAUUUGUAAUUCAACACGUCUCUUCUUAUUUUUACUAAAUAAAGUUUAUUUUUGAA